GUUUGCUUUACACUAGAAAAUCAUACCAUUCGUUGUUUUUACUUUUUUUUUUUUUAAAGUGAUCAAGAUCACAGCCAUUUACAAUAAUUUGGAAUUAUUUAUAUCACGUAAACAAAACGAACACAUAUACACCAACAAUUGAUUGAUUUGUGAAAUUGAUAUUACAAAAUACCACGAAUUAAUAAUUGAUCACGAAACAGUGUAUCUUUCUUUUAUCAUUAUUGAUGCAUUGAAUAAGGAAAAAUUGUCUUUUUUUCUUGUUUUUAAAAGAGGAGAGGAAAUUCAUUUGAAUAUCUCUAGUAGUUAAUUAGUAAUUAUAUAUAAAUUAAUGAUUCUACUCUUACUAUACCUAACAAUAAGUUGGCUUGAAACAAUAACCAGCACAAAAGCAACAACAUUCGUAAAUACCACUGAUACUACAGUUAAAUUAAUUGAUUCUUCGAAAACAAUUUAUCCAAAGGAUUUGAAUCCAGUUGGUACAUGUCAACCGCCAUGUUUAAAUAAUGGAAUAUGUCGUCGAUCUAGUAAUACAAACGAUAAUGUAAAUGAAAAUAAUUUCAAAUGUAUUUGUACACCAGAUUUUAAAGGAAUUGAUUGUAGUGAAGAAGCAGAAACAGAUUUAACAAAUUGUCAAGAAUCAACAUGUAAAUAUGGUGGAACAUGUGUUGGCACAUCGAAAUCACCAAAAUGUUCAUGUAAAGAUCAUACACGUGGGAAACGAUGCGAAAGACAUGACCUGACAUUUAUUGUGGAAAUGAAGAUAUACAACGAUGGUAAAGAGGCUAUCUGGCAGAAAGAUUUUGAAGAUAAAUCUAGUUAUCUUUCUACUAUGAAAACAUCAGAUGUUUGUAAACUUCUACAAUUAGGUAUAACUCAUGGAAUUAAUGUGCAACUAUCUAGUUCAUUUAUUGGUUGUUCUUUAAAUGCUUUUCAUAAAAAUCCAUUCACAACAAUUGAAGUACAAUUAAUAUUAGAUGUACAAUUAUCAAUACUGGCUGUAAUCACACCUACAUUAAUUAAAAAUCAAAUUAUAACUGGAUUAAAAACAAUCAAUCCAAAUUCAUUAAAUGAAUUGAAAACUAUUUCAUUAGAUGAUUUGACUGUUAAUAAUUCAUCAACGUUUAAAAUUUAUGUUCUUGAUCUUUGUAAAAUUGGAGAUAAUGACUGUUCAACAAAUGCUAAAUGUAUUAUUCAGCCAGCAGGUACCUAUCUGUGUGUAUGUAAUUCUUUUACAAUUGAUGCAUCAUUCGACGCUCUUUAUCCUGGACGACGUUGUAUGUAUGAUGGUCUAAUUAUCUUAGCAUUUGCUGUUAUCGGUGGCCUUAUUUGUACUUUAACUGUACUUAUUUGUGGUUGUCGACGAACAAUUUGGCGUAGAUAUCGUCAUGAUCCAGAAUCGAUUGAUUUAAUAAAUAUGCCAAGAAAUUAUGAUAUCUAAAGAGAGAAAAAAAAAGUGUACAUUUUUAUUUAAAAAUUCUUUAUUUUUGUUUGUAUGAAAAAAAAAUGAAGAAGAAAUUUCCCCACACCUGUAUCCCCUUUUAUUAAUUCAAUAUUCACAAUAAGAGAAUGAAACAGAAAUAACCAGAAAUACAAGUAAACCAAGCAUGAAGCAUAAAAACUUUCAAAUAAUUUAUUGAUUUCAGGUGCAUCCUCUUUUCUCAAUAUUCACUAAUUGAAUAUUUGUCAAAUACAAAAAAAAUUUAUCCUUUUAUCUUUUCUGUUCAAUGUAAAAUAAAUUUUGUUCAUUGUAAUGAAUUUUCUGCCGAAGCCUUUCCCAUCAAAAGUAUAUAUAUAUAUUAUUGACAAAUACACGCAUGUUUACUCAUCUCUCUCACUCACUCACACACACAUACAAGCAAACGAACAAAUUAUGAUGGAUACUUCAACAACAACUUCUUUUCCAUUUCAAUUUGAUUUAUUCUGCUUGUUUUCUCCAUACACUUUACACGUUGUUAUUUUCAUUUUUUGAAUGGUAUGAUUAUUUUCAACACGAACAACACUUAUUUAUUAUUAUUAAUAACUAAUUUUUUUUAAAAAAGAAACACAUAUUUUUAUGUGCCUUGCUUGAUUGAACCUUGAAUUGUGUGUUUUAUUACUAGUUGUGUCAAUGAACCCGCUUUUUUUAAAAAAUGUGUUUUUUAACCUCAACAAUAUUUGCUUGCUCUAGUAUAUAUCGUUAGAAUUUUUUUGGUGCGGUCUUGAAUCACAGAUGAUUUUGGUGAAAAACAAUGUCAAGCAAGAAUAUAAAUCAUUAAUUUGAUUAGAGGAAAGAAUACAAAUCGGAAAUAUUUUUGAACACGAAUCAACAAUAAACUAACUGUAAACAAACAAACAAACAAAAAGAUUUUUCACUAGUUAUUCAUAAAUUUUUGUAAGAAAAUCUGUUUUUUGUGAUGCUGUUUUUUUUUUUAUUUUGUUACAUAAUGUAUGAAUAAGUUUGGAAAUAAUUGGAAAUACUUUCUUUUUGUGUUUGAAUCUUUUAACAAAUUACUUAGACUACUUAAUUAUUUUGAUAGUAGGUGGAAUAAUACUAAUAAUUUACUGGUUGACUCUAAUAACCCAA